AUGCUACGCCAGCAAACCGCCUCUGUUGCAUCGACCACCUCCUCCACUUCAACCACGCUCAACGAUUCCUUGGACGGAUAUCACAGUACACCGUACUUAGUUAGCUCAGCACAUCCGACGGCGUCGCGGCGACAUCGCUCAUCAUCGAGUCUAAGCUCGUCUUAUGUCCCAGUAGUUCAAGGAUCGAGAACAGGAAAUGGGCCUGCAAUUGCACGAUCUCGGGAGCCUAGUUUGUCAUUCCCAUCGGCACGUCCAAACGACCUUUCAAAGCCCGCUCGUGCCUUGUCGACCACAUCGCGGCAGCCGGAUCAAGUCCUGCCAUCCUUGGCUGCAUUGAUACAACCGCAACCACAACAACAGGGCGAGAAUGUGCCAAGCAACGUCCCCGGACCGCAGAAUGCCCGUCAGAGGUCUUUCUCCCCGCAACAAGUGCCAGCCUCCGGCAAUCCGCCUCGUCAGGAAACACUGGUCCAACGAGGAGAGUUGGAAGCUAUGAAGCGAGAAAACGAGGCUCUGCGUCGUCGCAUACGGGACCUCGAGCUUGUUGUUAAGAAAUAUCGAGAACGCGAAGUCGCCUCUCCAGAACAGCCAACAAACGACCAUGAGACGACACUGAAAUUGGGAAAACUGUCCAUCUCCUCGAGGGACGACGCGAAGGAUGGUCCUUGA